AUAACAUAUAUGUAUCAUUUGCCAUUCACCCCCUUAUAAACAAAACAAGCGCCAUCACUAAUUCAGAGCUUUUGGGGGAACUUUCCCACGAAAUGAUUUCAACUGCUCUCAACGCAAACGGACAACAAUAAGACUAAACCAGAACCUAAAAUGACAUCCACAAGCGACGUUUUGAAUAUUGGAAAUGACACAGAAGACUUAUAUUACAAAUUGCCGAAAACCAGCAACCCAAAGGCAUAUUUUGAGUUCGAGUUUGAGAACCACAUGCAAAAAUUACUGCUAAACGGCGAAAAACCAAAGAAGCUGAAUGAAAAUUCCAUCGAAAGAUUUGAAGCAACUGAGAUAAUGAAAAGUGGCAAACAAUACUACGAGUUCAUUCCUGGAGGAUGCGAAAAUAGAGUAAUCAUAAGUGGGCGUUCUUUUCUACCCAAGGACAUGCUCUUUCGGAUGAAAAGAAAAAUCGGCAAAGAACACUGGGUUAACGAUAAUGUGAUUCAGUACAAAAAGAAUUCAAUGUGUCACAUACAGGGUAUCGUUUCUGACUGCUUACAGGAAGAGUGCAUCGAAAUCUACCAAUAUCUGUCGUAUCUGAGACAAAAUUCUAACAAAAAGUAAAAUAAACAUAUAAAUAUAAAGUUAAUCGUAACACAUUCUAGUUAGUUUUAAGUACUGGAAGUGAGAGCGGAGAUUUAUAAGCUUUAAACUAAACGAAAAUAAAGGACCCAAGGUUCAUAAUAAUUGGAAAAUAUUUGUUUUUCUUUACCAUUCUUAGGUGAAUAUAAAAAAUAAAAGUGACGAAUGCCCCAGCUAUUGAUAUUUUAACAAAUGAUGAAUCAGUUUACUAGAAUUUCGGUAACCGCAUUGACUAUGAGAAAUUUUUUGUGAAAUACUUUCAGAACUAUGGAAAAUGAAGUUGAUAGUAAUAGGAGUAAUUCAAGCUGGAAGACAAAGAGAGUGCAAAACUAUUUAAUUAUACUAAGUUCCUCAGCGAAA